GACCAUCAUCUAAAUGUCAAAACUCAACGCUAGCGAUGCCAUCAAACACCUCUCUACCUACCAAGAAAGAGACGGUUUAUCCGUACAGUCCUUGAUGGACUCAAAGACCCGUGGUGGCCUCACCUACCAAGAUUUCCUCACUUUGCCUGGCCACAUCAACUUUGACGCUUCAUCCGUCAGCUUGAAGACAAAGGUUUCUAGAAACAUCGAACUCUCAGCUCCAUUUGUCAGUUCACCUAUGGACUCAGUUACCGAAUCACAAAUGGCCACUUACAUGGCUUUGAUGGGUGGUAUUGGUAUAAUUCACCACAACAACACCGCAGAAGAACAAGCUCAUAUGGUUAGACAAGUAAAAAAAUUUGAGAACGGUUUCAUCACCGACCCAAUCUGCUUGAAACCAUCUGCUACAGUUAGCGAUGUUCUCUCCAUCAAAGAGAAGCUCGGAUUUGGUGGUAUUCCAAUCACCGACUCUGGUUUCCUCCACUCAAAGUUGCUCGGUAUCGUCACCGCCAGAGACAUUCAAUUCCAAAACCUCAACACUCCAGUUAAGGAUGUUAUGACUACAGAAUUAGUCACAGGUAAAUCAGGUAUCAACCUUGAAGAAGCAAACAAGAUUCUUCGUGUAUCAAAGAAGGGUAAACUUCCAAUCGUCGAUGCAGCAGGAAACCUCACCGCUUUGCUCGCUAGAUCUGACUUAUUGAAGAACCUCAACUUCCCAUUAGCAUCCAAGAACCCAGAGACUAAGCAACUCUACUGUGGUGCUUCAAUUGGUACUCGUGACGCUGACAAGGAACGUCUUCGCUUGCUUGUAGAAGCUGGCUUAGAUGUCGUCGUUGUGGACAGCUCACAAGGUAACUCAGUCUACCAAAUCAACAUGAUCAAGUGGAUCAAGGAUAACUUCAAGGUCGACGUCAUUGCUGGUAAUGUCGUUACUAGAGAGCAAGCUGCCGAAUUAAUUAGCGCUGGUGCUGACGGUUUACGUAUCGGUAUGGGUUCAGGCUCUAUCUGUAUUACCCAAGAAGUCAUGGCUGUUGGUAGACCACAAGGUACCGCUGUCUACGCAGUCUCCGAAUUCGCCAACCAAUUCGGUGUCCCAACCAUUGCAGACGGUGGUAUCGGAAAUGUCGGUCACAUCGUAAAGGCAAUCUGCUUGGGUGCCUCUGCAGUCAUGAUGGGUGGUAUGCUUGCUGGUACAACAGAAUCACCUGGUGAAUACUUCUACCACCAAGGUCAACGUGUUAAAGCCUACCGUGGUAUGGGUUCCAUCGAGGCUAUGCAACAUAAGCUCAAGAAGAAGAGCGUAGUCAACGCUGAAGAUGACAGCAAGGAUAAUGCCGCUUCAGGUAGAUACUUCAGUGAAGCUGACUCUGUCAAGGUCGCACAAGGUGUCUCCGGUGACGUUGUCGACAAGGGUUCAAUCACCAAGUUUAUGCCAUACCUCUACAACGGUCUUCAACACAGUUUGCAAGAUAUGGGUGAAAGAAGCGUUGCUGAACUUCAAGAAGCCGUCAAAGCUGGCAAGGUUAGGUUUGAACUUCGUACCGCAUCUGCUCAAUUAGAAGGUGGUGUACAUGGAUUGAACAGCUACACCAAGCGUUUGUAUGCUUAAUAGAACAACCAUAUUUCUCUCUCUCUCUUUCGCUUCCUGGAUAGCAUUAUUAUAUAAUUUUAUAAAAUGAAAUAUUUAUGCAUUUGAACCAA